AUGCAGGUGGUGCAGGAUGAUAGAAUCAGCGAAUUGCCCAAUGAUAUUCUAAUAUCUAUAAUUUCACGGCUUACCAUCCGAGAAGCUACUGCAACUUGCGUACUUUCAACUUGUUGGCGACAUCUGCAUUACUAUGUCACUCAUCUCAAUUUCCCAAAAUAUGAGAUUGGUGAAACAGUAUCAGACUACCUAUGUAUAGUUAACCAUGUCUUGAAUUCACAUAAAGGACGUCGAAUAAAAGAGUUGAGGGUGGAUAGGGCCGAAGGUCAUGAGAGGUGGUUUGAGUUUGCCCUGACUAAGAAAGCGGAACGAAUUCAUAUAGCUGAAGUUGGUAUUGAAUUUCAUGGACUCCCAAAUGGUCUUCAAUGCCUUAAAGAACUGAGUCUAUCUAGCAUUGAAAUAACCGAUCAAGACCUUAAGCUUUUGGUCUCCAAUUGCCUUGUUCUUGAAUGUUUGGCAAUUAAGUAUUCUACCAGGUGUGAAAAUGUGUCAAUUGUUGGCCACUCAAAACUGAAGCAUUUAAACUUCACCUACCUUCGGAGAAUUAGAUCCAUUAUGAUUCACGACCUGAUUAGUCUCGUUUCUUUGACGUGUUAUGAAUUGGGAAGCGGAUGUAGUGUGCAACUUAGUUAUAUUCCGAAGCUUACCAAACUCGAUCUUAGAGACAGUCGUAAUAGACUGAUGCAUGUUGAAUUCCUUGCCGGAAUGCCAUCUUGCAUACGCGACCAACUCAAACUAUUGCGCCUCUCGUCUCAGUAUACUUGUAGGUAUAAGCGGAAUCAUGGAUUGUUGAAUGAUUUGUCGCUUCAACUUGUAAAUAUAACACAUCUACAAUUUGUGCUUGACAUACGGGAUGAUUCUAACUGGCAUUACUUUUCAAGCUAUGCAUGUCGUUUGGUCGAAGCAUGUGGUUCAUUGCAAAAACUUAUGAUAAAGUUUCUUCCUUCACCGGAGUUGGGUUGGGGGGAUGUCAAAGAUGAAACAUAUGACCAUUAUGGCUGUGACUUGUCUCUAAAAUAUUUGGAAAUAUCAGGAUAUUCGGGUUUCGACUCGGAAUGGAGAUUGACUCUGAACCUCAUCAAUAACGUUACAUCUUUUCAAAAGAUGAUUGUUGUGGCAUGUGAUGAAGAGGCACUUGCUCGUGCACACCAUGAUUUUCGACAUAUUACAACAGCUAGUUUUUUAGUUACUCCUAUUUAA